AUGGAAAACUCAAAUAUCGGUCAACAUGACGUAUCGUCCUACAGCCAAGACACAUCUGAGCCGAAACGUUGUUGGGUUUGUUUUGGUACUAAUGAUGAUGAUAAUGAAAGUAACAGUGAUUGGGUGUCACCAUGUAAAUGUCGAGGUUCUUCACGAUGGGUUCACCAGGAUUGUGUUCAACGUUGGGUUGAGGAAAAACAGAAAGAAAAUCUUAGUGUUAAAGUACAUUGCCCUCAAUGCCAUACACAAUAUAUUAUUGUUUAUGGUGAAGUCAAUUACUUUGUCCGAGUAUUGAACAAUCUUGAUAAAUUAACUAAUUUAGUAUGUACUUUUUUGGCAACUGGUAUUGUGAUCAACAGUCUUUAUUGGUCAGCAGUCUAUUAUGGAGCAACAACCCUGAUGCAGGUAAUGGGCAAUACAGAAGCUGUAAAAAUGAUGGUGAAUAUAAAUUCGCAUUUUCCAUUGCAGUUGGUGUUGCCAUUAAUACCUCUCAGUCUAUUUUUAAGCAACUUGGUCAACUGGGAAGUAACCUUACUGUUAUUUGUGCAAAGAUUAACACUACAGCAACCCUUGUUAAGAACCAUCAUGCCUUCAUUUUUAUUGGAACCUGUCAACAGUUCAACUAGUUCAGUCCAAUUAAUUUCAGACACUCAUCCAAAAAUUACUAUUUGCGCUGCACUUUUAUUGCCAACUAUUGCCACCAAUGUUGGGCAUUUAUUAUUUGACAAAAGUUCAUAUUCAUCCUUACAAAAAACAUUGUUGGGUGGUUUAGUGUACGUUGCAGUAAAAGGAGUAAUAAGAAUAUAUCAAAGACAACACAAUGUUAUAAAAAGAAGAACAUUAAAAGUCAUUCACUACCCCGAAUCUAAUACUGAUGAAAAUAAUUAAAAUAUAUACCAUAAUCUAAUACUUGUUGACAUCACUUACAACAUAUAACAUCCUAAUAUUGUACACAAAUAUGUAAACAUAACAUAAAAUAUGUAUAAACUAUAACAUAUUUCCAAAAAAAAAUAAUAGUUAUUACUUAUUACACAGUCAUUCGUUAUUUAACAUGUUGAACUACAAUGUUAAAACAUAGUUGACAUCAGUACCUGGCGCCUAUGGCCAGUGUAAACUUGUUGUUUUGGAUUAAUUCUUUAUAAGGUGGCUAUUGUAGAUUUGAAUCCUCAAAAAUGUUUAGAAAAAGAUAAAAUAGACGCUUGAGAAAAUAGUACAUUUUUAUGAAAAUUGAUUUGUUUUUUUUCCAAAAGGUGCU